CGGCCCGGCGCUGGGGUGAGCCCGGGACGGCGGGGCGAGGUGAGGAGCGGAGCCUCGGAACGCUGCAACAUGGCCUCCUCCUCCUCCUCCUGCUCGUUCCCCUCGCGUCCCACGGCACGGGGCGGCGGGGACCAGUCUGACACAAAUGCAAGUUACCUGAGAGCAGCGCGAGCUGGCAACUUGGAAAAAGCUCUUGACUACUUAAAAAAUGGAGUGGACAUCAACAUUUCAAAUCAGAAUGGGUUGAAUGCCCUCCACCUCGCUUCCAAAGAAGGGCAUGUAGAAGUUGUGUCUGAGCUGAUCCAGCGAGGUGCCAGUGUGGAUGCAGCCACAAAGAAAGGAAACACAGCAUUGCACAUAGCAUCCCUCGCUGGACAAGCAGAAGUUGUCAAAGUGUUGGUUACGAAUCGGGCCAAUGUCAAUGCACAGUCUCAGAAUGGCUUCACUCCAUUGUACAUGGCAGCCCAAGAAAACCACCUGGAGGUUGUUAAGUUUCUUCUUGACAAUGGUGCCAGUCAAAGUCUCUCCACAGAGGAUGGUUUCACCCCUUUGGCAGUGGCUUUGCAGCAAGGCCAUGACCAGGUGGUUUCCCUGCUGCUGGAAAACGACACGAAGGGAAAAGUCCGGCUGCCUGCUCUUCACAUCGCGGCUCGCAAGGACGACACCAAGGCGGCGGCUCUGCUCCUGCAGAACGACCACAACGCCGACGUGGAGUCCAAGAGCGGGUUCACUCCCCUCCACAUAGCUGCUCACUAUGGGAACAUCAACGUAGCCACGUUGCUGUUGAACCGGGGAGCUGCCGUGGAUUUCACUGCCAGAAAUGAUAUCACGCCGUUGCAUGUUGCAUCGAAAAGGGGAAACGCAAAUAUGGUCAAACUCCUACUUGAUCGAGGAGCUAAAAUUGAUGCCAAAACAAGGGAUGGGUUGACUCCCCUCCACUGYGGAGCAAGAAGUGGCCAUGAACAAGUUGUAGAAAUGCUGCUGGAUCGUGGUGCCCCUAUUCUUUCCAAAACCAAGAAUGGUUUGUCUCCRCUGCACAUGGCAACACAAGGGGAUCAUCUCAACUGUGUUCAGCUCCUGAUCCAGCACAACGUGCCUGUGGACGAUGUCACCAAUGACUACCUGACGGCGCUGCACGUCGCUGCCCACUGCGGCCACUACAAGGUGGCCAAGGUUCUCUUGGACAAAAAAGCCAAUCCCAAUGCCAAAGCACUGAAUGGUUUCACACCUCUUCACAUUGCCUGCAAGAAAAACAGAAUAAAAGUAAUGGAACUUCUUCUAAAGCACGGUGCAUCAAUUCAAGCUGUAACUGAGUCGGGCCUGACUCCAAUCCAUGUUGCUGCCUUCAUGGGACAUGUAAAUAUCGUAUCACAGCUCAUGCAUCAUGGCGCAUCCCCCAACACGACCAACGUGAGAGGAGAGACAGCRCUGCACAUGGCAGCCAGAGCUGGCCAGACAGAGGUCGUCCGGUACCUGGUACAAAACGGAGCCCAGGUGGAGGCAAAAGCCAAGGAUGACCAAACACCUCUGCACAUUUCUGCUCGCCUGGGCAAAGCGGACAUCGUGCAGCAGCUGCUGCAGCAGGGAGCAUCUCCCAAYGCAGCCACCACGUCGGGAUACACCCCCCUGCAUCUUUCUGCUCGGGAAGGGCACGAAGAUGUAGCUGCUGUUCUUUUGGAUCAUGGUGCAUCUCUGUCGAUCAUCACCAAGAAAGGAUUUACUCCACUUCAUGUGGCUGCAAAGUAUGGCAAAAUCGAGGUGGCCAACCUCCUGCUUCAGAAGAAUGCAUCUCCUGAUGCUGCUGGAAAGAGCGGUUUAACACCACUGCAUGUAGCUGCACACUACGAUAAUCAAAAAGUGGCCCUCCUCCUGUUGGACCAGGGAGCUUCACCUCACGCCUCUGCCAAGAACGGGUACACCCCRCUGCACAUCGCUGCCAAGAAGAACCAGAUGGACAUUGCCACCACCCUGCUGGAGUACGGCGCCGACGCCAACGCCGUCACCAGGCAGGGCAUCGCCCCGCUGCACCUCGCCUCGCAGGACGGCCACGUGGACAUGGUGUCACUGCUYCUCUCCAGAAAUGCCAACGUCAACCUCAGCAACAAGAGUGGACUGACGCCCCUCCACCUGGCUGCUCAAGAGGACAGGGUCAAUGUAGCAGAGGUUCUUGUUAACCAAGGAGCUGCUGUUGAUGCCCAGACAAAGAUGGGAUACACUCCUUUGCACGUUGGCUGCCACUACGGAAACAUUAAAGUCGUGAACUUCCUUCUGCAACAUUCUGCGAAAGUGAACGCCAAAACGAAGAACGGGUACACGCCGCUGCACCAGGCAGCACAGCAGGGACACACUCACAUCAUCAACGUCCUGCUCCAGCACGGCGCCGCGCCCAACGAGCUCACUGUGAAUGGAAACACUGCCCUCGCCAUUGCUAAGCGACUUGGCUACAUUUCAGUUGUUGACACAUUGAAGGUGGUGACAGAGGAGACCAUGACUACAAUUACUGUUACAGAAAAGCACAAAAUGAAUGUACCUGAAACCAUGAAUGAAGUUCUUGAUAUGUCUGAUGAUGAAGUUCGUAAAGCCAAUGCCCCUGAAAUACUCAGCGAUGCUGAAUAUUUGUCAGAUGUUGAAGAAGGUGAGGAUGCAAUGACAGGCGACACGGACAAAUACCUGGGACCCCAGGAUCUGAAGGAGCUGGGAGAUGAUUCUCUGCCUGCCGAAGGAUACAUGGGCUUCAGCCUGGGRGCUCGCUCCGCCAGCCUCCGCUCCUUCAGUUCGGAUAGGUCCUACACGCUCAACAGGAGCUCCUAUGCCCGAGACAGCAUGAUGAUUGAAGAGCUGCUGGUGCCAACAAAGGACCAGCACCUGACCUUUCAAAGGGAGUUUGAUUCUGAUUCUCUCAGGCACUACAGCUGGGCUGCCGACACCUUGGACAAUGUUAACCUUGUUUCGAGUCCCAUCCAUUCAGGUUUCCUGGUCAGUUUUAUGGUUGAUGCCCGCGGGGGUUCGAUGAGRGGCAGUCGGCACCAUGGCAUGAGGAUCAUCAUCCCGCCGCGCAAGUGCACGGCGCCCACGCGCAUCACCUGCCGCCUGGUCAAGAGGCACAAGCUGGCCAGCCCACCGCCCAUGGUCGAAGGAGAAGGAUUGGCAAGUCGGCUUGUAGAAAUGGGGCCAGCAGGGGCACAGUUUUUAGGCCCUGUCAUAGUGGAAAUCCCACAUUUUGGAUCAAUGCGAGGCAAGGAAAGAGAGCUGAUCGUACUCCGGAGUGAGAACGGUGAAACAUGGAAAGAGCACCAGUAUGACARCAAACAUGAAGACCUCACUGAGAUACUCAAUGGCAUGGAUGAAGAGCUGGACAGCGUGGAGGAGCUGGAGAAGAAGCGGAUCUGCAGGAUCGUCACCAAGGACUUCCCCCAGUACUUCGCAGUGGUGUCGCGCAUCAAGCAGGAGAGCAACCAGAUCGGCCCCGAGGGUGGGGUGCUGAGCAGCACCACGGUGCCACGGGUGCAGGCCUCCUUCCCUGAGGGGGCUCUGACCAAGAGGAUCCGCGUGGGGCUCCAGGCUCAACCAGUCCCAGAAGAGAUUGUCAAAAAAAUCCUCGGAAACAAAGCAACGUUCAGUCCCAUUGUCACUGUGGAGCCAAGAAGAAGAAAAUUCCAUAAGCCAAUAACCAUGACAAUUCCUGUGCCACCUCCAUCAGGAGAAGGAGUAACCAAUGGGUACAAAGGAGACACCACUCCCAGCCUUCGACUCCUAUGUAGCAUCACAGGAGGCACUUCGCCUGCGCAGUGGGARGAUAUCACGGGCACCACUCCGCUGACGUUUUCCAACGACUGCGUCUCCUUCACCACCAACGUUUCAGCCAGAUUUUGGCUCGCRGAUUGCCACCAAGUACUAGAGACUGUUGGGCUGGCAACACAGCUUUAUAGAGAAUUAAUAUGUGUUCCUUACAUGGCAAAAUUCGUGAUAUUUGCCAAAAUGAAUGACCCCGUGGAAUCCAAUUUACGCUGCUUCUGCAUGACUGACGACAAAGUGGACAAAACUUUGGAGCAACAAGAGAACUUUGAGGAAGUGGCCAGAAGCAAAGACAUUGAGGUUCUGGAAGGAAAACCAAUUUAUGUUGAUUGCUAUGGAAAUCUGGCUCCUUUGACUAAAGGAGGGCAGCAGCUUGUUUUUAAUUUUUAUGCUUUCAAAGAAAAUAGACUGCCAUUCUCUAUCAAGGUAAGAGACACCAGCCAGGAACCCUGUGGUCGAUUAUCAUUUUUGAAAGAACCAAAGACUACAAAAGGACUGCCACAAACAGCUGUUUGCAACUUGAAUAUCACUCUGCCAGCACACAAAAAGGAAACAGAGUCAGAUCAAGAUGAUGAGACGGACAAGGCUGACCGGCGCCAGAACUUCGUCUCCCUUGCUUUACGUAAGCGCUACAGCUAUCUGACUGAGCCUGGAAUGAUUGAACGGAGUGCAGGAGCAACAAGAUCCCUACCUGCUACUUACUCAUACAAGCCAUUCUUUUCAACACGGCCAUAUCAGUCAUGGACAACAGCUCCAAUUACAGUGCCUGGGCAAACCAAAUCAGGCUUCACUUCCUUAUCAAGCUCUUCCUCUAACACUCCUACAGCUUCCCCAUUAAAAUCAAUAUGGUCUGUUUCUUCUACUUCUCCGAUCAAAUCCACGUUAGGAGCUUCUACCACAUCUUCAGUUAAAUCUGUUAGUGAUGUAGCAUCUCCGAUUAGAUCGUUUCGGACAAUUUCUUCGCCAAUAAAAACUGUGGUCUCUCAGCCUCCCUACAACAUGCAGGUCACUUCGGGCUCUUUUGUCAGAGCUCCCCCAGUCACAGAAGCUGCCGGCCUCAAAGGGCUGGCCUCCACUACCACAUUCCCCUCUCGGACAUCUCCAGUGACUACAGCAGGAUCUCUCUUGGAGAGAUCGUCCAUAACCAUGACGCCUCCAGCAUCCCCCAAAUCCAACAUUAACAUGUACUCUUCGAGUUUGCCGCUUAAAUCGGUCAUCACAUCAGCAUCUUCACUUUUAUCGUCCCCUCUAAAGUCAGUGGUGUCACCUGCUAAGUCAGCAGUUGAUGCUGUUUCAUCCACUAAAGUCAUGAUGGCCUCAACUCUCUCGUCGCCAGCAAAACAUGUAGCUGGGCACACAGACGUGCCAUUGCUUAAUGGCUCUGUGUCACCUCUGAAAUACCCAUCUUCUGCCACCUUAAUAAACGGAUCCAAAGCUGCAGCUGUUUUCCAAGACAAGAUGGCUGCAGCUGCGCAUUCUGCAGCGUGCGCUGCUAACGCAGUUGCUGACACGGCUGAGAGAGUGUUUUCAACAGCUACAACAAUGCCAUUUUCUCCACUCAGGUCAUACGUGUCUUCAGCACCAUCAGCUUUCCAGGCAAUGAGAACUCCUCCUGCAGGUGCUUUGUACACAGCCCUUGGGUCAAUAUCYGCAACUACCUCAUCAGUAACUUCAUCUACAAUAACGGUGCCGGUGUAUUCUGUAGUCAAUGUUUUGUCUGAACCAGCAUUAAAGAAGCUCCCAGAGUCGUCCUCGCUGACCAAAUCAGCCGCUGCGUUGCUCUCACCUAUUAAAACAUUGACUACAGAGGCGCGCACGCAGCCUACCUUUACUCGAACUUCAUCUCCAAUAAAAUCAUCCUUGUUUUUAGCACCCUCUGCUCUCAAAUUGUCCACGCCAUCUUCCUUAUCCUCCAGUCAGGAGAUACUGAAAGAUGUUGCUGAAAUGAAAGAGGAUCUGAUGAGAAUGACUGCAAUCUUGCAGACAGAUGUCGCAGAGGACAAACCRUACCAACCUGACAUACCAAAAGAGGGUAGAAUUGAUGAUGAAGAGCCCUUUAAAAUUGUUGAGAAAGUAAAAGAGGACUUAGUAAAAGUUAGUGAGAUUCUGAAAAAGGAUGUGUGUUUAGAAAGUAAAGGGUCGGCUAAAGUAUCCAAAAGUGAUCAAGGACACCUGUCUGAGGAUGACUGGGUAGAGUUCAGUACAGAGGAGAUUGAUGAAGCGAGACAGCAAGCUUUGACAAGCCCUCCUAUAUCUGUUCCAGAGAAAGUCCAAAUUAAAACUAAAACCAUGUCGGAAAAGGAUUAUAGCUUGUCAAAAGUUAUUGAUUACUUAGCAAAUGAUAUCAGUAGCAGUUCAUUAACAAACAUAAAGUACAAGUUUGAAGAGGGGAAAAAAGAAGGUGAAGAGAGACAAAAGCGCAUUUUAAAACCGGCCAUCGCUUUGCAGGAACACAAACUUAAAAUGCCUCCAGCCUCCAUGAGGCCUUCAACAUCGGAAAAGGAAUUGUGUAAAAUUGCAGACUCCUUUUUUGGAACAGAUACUAUUCUGGAGUCUCCAGAUGACUUUUCACAACACGAUCAAGAUAAAAGUCCCUUGUCUGACAGUGGCUUUGAAACCAGGAGUGAAAAGACACCUUCUGCCCCACAAAGUGCUGAAAGCACGGGGCCCAAACCGCUUUUCCAUGAUGUGCCCAUCCCCCCCGUCAUCACAGAAACGAGAACUGAGGUAGUUCAUGUCAUCCGCAGCUACGAGCCAUCUUCGGAUGAUAUUCCAGAGCAGAAGGCUGAGGAGCUGCCGGCCUCCAAACCUAUGGAGCUGGAGCAAAAACCUUCCGUGUCUAUUAAAGAGAAGGUUAAAGCUUUUCAAAUGAAAGCCAGCGGCAGCGAAGAAGACGACCAUAAGUGCGUCCUUAGUAAAGGUGUCCGAGUGAAAGAAGAGACUCAUAUCACUACGACGACCAGGAUGGUUUAUCACAAACCUCCUACAUGCACGGAAAGUGCCACUGAAAGAAUCGAGGAAACAAUGUCUGUUCAUGACAUAAUGAAAGCCUUCCAGUCUGGACGUGACCCUUCCAAAGAACUGGCAGGUCUGUUUGAACAUAAAUCGUCAGUAACGACCGAUGUUAGCAAGUCUGCUGAGACUUCACCACAACAUGCAGAGAAGGACAGCAAAAUGAAACCCAAACUGGAGCGAAUAAUAGAGGUCCAUAUUGAACAAGGUAAUCAGGCUGAACCUACUGAAGUCAUUAUUAGAGAAACAAAAAAGCAUCCAGAAAAAGAAAUGUAUGUAUAUCAGAAAGACUUACCUCGGGGAGAUAUUAACUUAAAAGAGUUGGAAAAACAUGAUGCUUUUCCUUGUUCAGACGAACAAGGUCAGCAAGAAGAAGAGGAGCUCACGGCCGAAGAGUCACUUCCUUCUUAUCUGGAAUCCUCUAGAGUUAACACUCCCGUGUCCCAGGAAGAAGACAGUCGCCCUAGUUCUGCUCAACUCAUGUCUGAUGACUCUUACAAAACACUGAAGCUUUUGAGUCAGCACUCAAUAGAAUACCAUGAUGAUGAGUUGUCAGAACUAAGAGGGGAGUCUUACAGGUUUGCUGAGAAAAUGCUUCUUUCAGAAAAGCUAGAUGUGUCUCAUUCUGAUACUGAGGAGUCAGUUACUGACCAUGCUCUACCCCUUAGUGCAGAGUUACAGGGGACUGAUAAACGAUGCAGAGAAAAAGUAGCUACUGCCCCCAAAAAAGAGAUUCUCUCCAAAAUCUAUAAAGAUGUGUCUGAAAAUGGUGUAGGUAAAAUGUCUAAGGAUGAUCAUUAUGAUAAAGUGACAGUGUUACACUACACUGGAGAUGUUAGUAGUCCAAAACAUGCGAUGUGGAUGCGCUUUACUGAGGACAGAUUAGACAGAGGUAGAGAAAAGUUGAUGUAUGAAGACAGGGUGGACAGGACUGUUAAAGAGGCAGAAGAAAAACUGACUGAAGUAUCCCAGUUUUUUCGGGAUAAAACAGAGAAGUUGAAUGAUGAGCUACAGUCUCCAGAGAAAAAGCAGCAUAAAAAAAGUGGCAAGGAAAUACAUUCUAGCCAGAGCUCUGCCAGCAGCAGCCCUGAGAAAGUUCUGCUCUCUGAAUUGCCAUCGUCUGGGGAUGAUUGGAGUAAGGUGAAGCAGUAUGCACACGAUGGGAAGAGCUUUCCCAAGGUGGAUGAAAGAAAAGCGUCCAGUUUGCCCAGCAGUCCUGAAAAAAGGAUCUACGUGCAGCACGCAGAGGACUCUAAACGAACUAUGGAACACAAAGGAAGUGCUCAGCAGACUGGAGCACCCGAGACUGGAUUUCAGCUGAAGCAAUCAAAGCUCAGUUCCAUUAGGCUUAAAUUUGAACAAGGUAUAAGUCCCAGGAGUAAGGACGUAACUCAAGAAGAAAAAAAGCUGGAUGGCCAGUCCAAAAUUCCGGUAAAAAAAUUGCAAGAAAGUAAGUUACCGGUGUAUCAGUCCUAUUCGAGAGAGAAACACGCAAAGCAAGUAGAGGUUGUUGAUGGGAGCACAGCUUUACAGAAAGAGGUGAAAGUACAGGAAGACCUCGGUCCAGGUAAAGGGAAAGCUGUCGAAGACUUUCGUGCCUCAGACACCCCAAAACAAAGAGCUGAGAUGAGGAAAGGCGUGCCGGAAUGCGUUUCAGAACCACGGGCCAAAGACCUGGCGUACGGCUCAGACUCAACAGUGAAGGGACACUGGGACAAAAAAAUCUAUAGGACGUGGGAAAGUCCUGGAACUUCCAACCAUAAAGCACAGAAGGAAAAGCUUUCACACGUGCUGGUUCCAGAUACAGUAAAAGAAAACCAYGUGGAUCAUGCUGAAUCUAAAACUGACAAAAAAAGUGAAUUUAUCACUGUGACAGAGCACAAAGUGGCCGCAAAUGGAAUCCAUUCAGAAGAAGUGAAGGAACUGACUGUAAAAUCUCCCUCAAAAAGGGUUUUAUACAGAGAAUUUGUUGUCAGGGAGGGGGAACGUAAUGGUGAAGUGGCCGAUAAAAUAUGCAGAAGGAAAGAAGAAAUUGCUGUGUCCCAUAUUCCAGUCAGAAUUGUUGAGGAGAAGAGAGCCAUGCUUGAUGGUGUCUAUGAACUUUCAGCUAAAGUAUCCCAAUCAGCUGUGAUUCAGGAGAAAGUUGAAAGACAGGUUGAUUAUGUGGAAGAUGAAAAAAUAAAGCAUUCAGAAAUCAGAAAAGUUACCAAGCAGCAGAGCUCAGUAGGUCUAAGUCCUCCUGCUGAGGAGACAGAGCUAUCCCCUAGCAAAUCACCAGAUUCUUUAGAAUGUAGCCCAGGAAAGGAAUUUCCUUCCAGUGACAUAGCUGCCCCUGGUGCAAGUGAUUACUUGGAUAAAGCUGCACCGCUAGCGAGCACUGAGGGAGUAAAAGAAAUUAAGACCUUACCUGUUUAUGUCAGUUUUGUUCAAGUAGGAAAGCAGUACGAGAAAGAGGUGCAACAAGGAAGUAUUAAAAAAAUUGUCAGCCAGGAGAGUAAGACGGUACAAGAGACGAGGGGGACAUUUUACACAGCUAGACAGCAGAAACAACCUCCUUCCCCACAAGGUAGUCCAGAAGAUGACACGCUAGAACAAGUGUCCUUUAUAGACAGCUCUGGUAAAAGCCCUUUGACACCAGAAACACCGAGCUCAGAGGAAGUGAGUUACGAGUUUACAUCUAAAACACCCGACUCACUCAUAGCUUUUAUCCCAGGCAAGCCCAGCCCUAUACCUGAGGUGUCUGAGGAGUCAGAGGAGGAAGCAGAGGCUAAGUCCACAUCUGUGAAACAGGAAGAGGUUGAAGAGCCGCAGGUUGACAAGGCGUUACCUAAUCUUAUGAACAAGGACUCUAACAAAAGACCCAAAGGUAACAGAGUUGCCUAUAUUGAAUUCCCUCCUCCUCCGCCACUGGACGCAGAUCAAGGCGAGUCGGAGAAGAAGCCUCAUUAUUCCACUGAGARCGAAAUGGAGAUGACUGAAGUGAACUUGCAGGAUGAACACGACAAGUGCCAGCUGGCUGAACCUGUCAUAAGAGUACAGCCGCCGUCUCCUGUGCCUCCGGGAGCAGAUGUCAGUGACUCCAGUGACGAUGAAUCCCUCUAYCAACCCGUUCCGCUUAAAAAGUACACGUUCAAAUUGAAAGAGCUGGAAGAUGACCAGAAAGAAACCUCAAAACCCAGAGCCCCCGAAAAGAUUGAGAAACAGAAAGAGUUAGGACAUCCCACUUCUGGGAAAUCCAAUGAGCUUGACACUGGGCUUGAUUCACCCCAGAAUGAUGUAGUGCAAAAUGGGAGUAACAAUGACCAGUCUGUCACAGAGUGUUCCAUAGCAACCACUGCAGAAUUCUCCCAUGAUACCGAUGCGACAGAGAUUGACUCUCUUGACGGUUAUGAUUUGCAAGAUGAAGAUGAUGGUUUAACUGAGAGUGAUUCUAAACUUGCAGGUCCGGCAGUUGAGACCAAAAAGGACGUAUGGACUACAGAAGGCAUUCUAAAGCAGACUGAUCGCUGCUUUAGCCAGAGUAAGCUUGAAGUCAUUGAGGAGGAAGGAAAGGUAGGCCCUGAAGAAGACAAGACGCCUUCAAAAGGUCCAUCUUCUGACAAAGCUGGAGAUAAGAGCGAUAAGAAGUCAGGGGCGCAGUUUUUCUCUCUGGAAGGCAGACACCCUGACAGGACUGUAUUUCCUGACUCCUAUUUCAGUUACAAAGUAGACGAAGAAUUCGCAACACCUUUCAAAACUGUGGCCACCAAGAGUCUAGAUUUUGACCCGUGGUCCAAUAACCGAGGUGACGAUGAAGUGUUUGAGACUAAAUCGAGGGAGGAUGAGGCUAAGCCUUUUGGUCUGGCAGUGGAAGACAGAUCCCAAGCGACAACACCUGACACAACUCCAGCCAGAACUCCAACAGAUGAGAGUACGCCAACUAGCGAGCCCAACCCCUUCCCAUUUCAUGAGGGGAAGAUGUUUGAGAUGACUCGCAGUGGUGCAAUUGACAUGAGCAAGAGGGAUUUUGUUGAAGAAAGACUCCAAUUUUUUCAGAUUGGUGAGCAUACUUCUGAAGGGAAGUCAGGGGACAAGGGGGAAGGGGAUAACAGUACAGUCACUGCCAUCACACAGCCACAGGCAGGGGACAGCACUGUAGAGACAAACCUAGAGAGACCGGUAGAGACAACAGCAGUUGAAAAUAUGCCCGGCACCCAGGCCAGUGGAGAUUGCACGGAGCAAACACUUGGUAGUAACUCCCCGGAGAAAUCAUCGGCAGCAGUAAACGCUUCCAAAGUUGAUCCCAAAUUGCGCACACCAAUUAAAAUGGGAAUUUCUGCUUCCACCAUGACUCUGAAGAAAGAUGGCCCUGGCGAAGUGACAGAUAAGAUAGAAGCUGUGAUGCCAAGUGGUCAGGGAUUAGAAAAUGAAACUGUAGCAGUGAUUGCGAGUUCAGCUGCUAGCCAGACGAGCUGUAGGCAAACAGAAAACAUUGAUUUUCCAAAAGAUAAUUUUAAUAACAACAACAAUUUGGAUUCAUCUGCUGUCCCUUCAGAUGAUAUUACCUGUAAUGUAGUGCUAAAAGAACAUUUGGAACCGAAAUGUUCCCUCCAGAAAGCUAAUCAAGCGAAAAGCACUUCAGGAAAAGGUACAGGGACAACACAAGGACACAGAGUAAGAGAUAAGCAAAAACCACACGGAGAGCAGCAGAAGUCAACAGAGUCGGUAGGGGCUAGAGGAAAAUCAAAGCUUCCYGUAAAGGCCAGCUCAGUAAAACAAGUCUUUUCACAAAAUAAUCUCCAAAGCAAUACAGGGAGUAAAGUGAGAGAGGCUAGUAAGCCUGACAAAGCAAAACAAAAUAACUCUUCUCCCUGUUUAGAAGCAAGGUCUAGGAUUCCUGUAAAAAAUACACAUAGGAGUAAUCUGUCUAGACGAACUCCAGCCCUGCCAAAACAAGAGCAGGUAGAGAAAGAAAAACCAAAACAACUUCCUUCUAAAUUACCAGUAAAGGUAAGAUCUACCUCCGUCACCAUGACAACAGUUAAAGUAAAGAAAAAUCAGCUUAGGGAGGUAUGUAAACAUUCUAUUGAAUAUUUUAAGGGAAUUAGUGGUGAGACAUUAAAGCUUGUGGAUCGUCUUUCUGAUGAAGAGAAAAAGAUGCAGUCAGAGGUCUCUGACGAUGAAGAAGACAGUACAUCAAGGAACACAUCCUUAUCAGAAGCCACUCAAGUUUACCAGCCUUCCAUUACACCGAAGUCUGCUAGAGACAUGAGAACAGAGGCAGCAUCUAUAAAAUCAAAGAUUGAAAAGGCCGACAGUGAGAGGAGGAGGAGUAAGAGGACUGGUCCACAGAGUCCAUGUGAACGGACAGAUAUAAGGAUGGCAAUUGUAGCUGAUCACCUAGGACUUAGCUGGACAGAACUGGCAAGAGAACUGAAUUUUUCUGUGGAUGAAAUAAACCAAAUCCGAGUAGAAAAUCCAAAUUCUCUUAUUGCUCAAAGCUUCAUGUUAUUAAAAAARUGGGUUACCAGAGAUGGGAAAAAUGCUACAACUGAUGCCUUAACUUCUGUAUUGACAAAAAUUAAUCGAAUAGAUAUUGUGACCCUGUUGGAAGGACCAAUAUUUGAUUAUGGAAAUAUUUCAGGCACCAGAAGUUUUGCAGAUGAAAAUAACGUUUUUCAUGAUCCCAUUGAUGGUUGGCAGCCUGACUCGUCCAGCGUCUCYGAGGCACCGGCGUCGGGCCGCAGGAUAGGUGGCAGCCUGCUGGAUCGCUUGGACGAUAGUUCGGACCAAUGUCGGGAUUCUGUUACCUCAUAUGUCAAAGGAGAAGCAGGGAAGCCAGAAACAAAUGGAAGCCUAUCCGAGUCCACAUCUGAGGCAAAAACGAAAUCCUACAUGCAGGAAGCUUUAAAUGAUGUGGGGAAACACAGUGACAAAGAAACCCUGAAAACAAAGUCCCAGAUCUCAGCUGGUACUGAUGAGCAAACAUUAUCAUCAACAGCAUAUCAGAAAUCUUUGGAAGAGACUAGCAAGCCAACAACAGAAGGCAGCAAAACAUCUGUGCCUGUCAGUGUGAAGAAGAUGGGCUGGAGUACUUCUGAGGAUCGCAAGCCAAGAACAAGCAUCCAAGAGGAGGAGGGAGCAGUAAUGUCUGAACAGAAGCAGGGAGAAGCUUAUAAGGUUAAGACAAAGAAAGAAGUCAGACACGUGGAGAAGAAAAGUUACUCAUGAAAGCUGAAAGCCAACCACUGAACGGACUGUGUGCUUUUACUGCCAGUAUUCUAGAGGGACACUCACAGAAGAAAAAUCAACAGGAAUUAAACAUUCACCUAUAAAAGUGUGCGUGUGUUUGCUGCUUCCCCACAUUAACCGCAUGGUUUUUAUGCAAAAAGAAAAAAAAAACGAAMAAAAAAAAAACCCCAAACAAAAAGUUAAUUUAGCAUGAGCCAAUUUACAGAGCAUGGAAAUUCACGUUCAUUCACAGGAUUGGAGGGUGCGCAGUUACCAAUGCAGUGUAUAUACAAGAUGCCAUGCUGUUAACAGCUUCUCUCAAGCAGUUUGAUGUCAUCUCAAAAGAAAUCAAUUCCUGUGGCCAGAGAGGAUGUGCGAAGACAAAAUGGUUAAACCAUGGAAAGACACUAAAACUACUAAAAUCCACAACAGCUCGCCUUAUUUUUCUUGGACCCAAACUGUCAGGGUAUAAAACACUAUUUGUUUCUUUUUUAAACAUCAAUAGUUUUGCUGUAAAUAAAUAACACUGUAUAAAUUCUAACAAAAUAGAAUAAAUGUUGAUAAGGCACUGCCUUUUCGAUCACAGACAGAAUAUUGCAAAUGCAUUGAGCAGGCUAGGUGUCUCAAAUGGCUGCACCUACAGGGAUAUUCUGGGUGUAUCUUCACAGAUUCUUGUAUAUUAGCAAUUAUAAUGUUUGUAUAUGCAAAAAACGCUAGCUUGAUUUUAAAAAAAUCUUUAAAAUCUGCUGCAAAUUUAAAUGAUUCCCAAAAUGAGGAAUUCUGUAGUUCUGUGAAAAUUUUUCUUCAGAGUACUAAUAUUUUGAUGCAUGUGUUUCACCUUAUUUUGAUUAAAUCUUUUCCAGUUUUGCAAACACUAUACCGCAACAUGAAAAAUAAGAUUUUAUCUGUAAACACAAAGCCCUUCAUCUAAUAUUUGUUGCUGUUGCCAAUUUUUCAAUGAAAUKACCUAAGACCCAUAACAUAUACAGUAGUUGCAUUAUGGGGAGGGGGGUGCUAUCUGUUCUCGCUUUAUAAUGGGGGUAAUGCUUGCAGCUUUAGAAGUGGGUUGGUGCUCUAAGGAGCACAAGUUUGGGAUAUUUUUAAAUGGACUGAAGAGAAAUUAUUAGCUAAUAGACUGGCAGCACGCUGUAAAAUUAUUACUGUAUUGUGUACUGGCUAUAAGAUGUAGAAUCUUUCAGUAAGCCAAUCAUCUGUAAUCAUCCUAGCAGUGUAAUAUUAGGUUGUUAAGGCUGCUGUGUUUUAAAGGGCAUUUUUAUUUGGGUUUUGGUGAAAUACUUUAAUUUGUUGAUUAUAUUCAUAUGGAAACAGCAUUCAUUGAUAAUAGCUCUAAUUACAUAUGUAUGAAAACAACAAACACUGGAUGAUCUAGUUGAUUAUUUAAGCAUAAAAUAAAUUGUGUUAAAACUCUUGGAUAAUGUGUAUUUGGCAGUGUUCUUGUACCCUACAGACAUGAGGCUUCGCAGGGCUAGCUGUUAACUGCCCCUGGCUUUCAGCUGCUUUUCCUCUCUUGUUUCUUUUUGUCUGAUCCACCUCCUCAUCUUCCCGGUGUGACAGGCCAUUGCUUGGCAGGCUAUUCCCAGGUCAGGGCAGCAGGAGGAAAACACAGCAGCCAGCAGCACAUGGCCAGCAAAGCUAAGGACCCAGUUCCUGGGUCAGAGACAUACUCUGUGUAACAAGAGUAYGUGCAGCCCCUGCACUGAUAUAUAUGAGCUCUGGACCUCCUGUAAAUUCUUUUGCCCUGUCAAGAACCAGGAAAAGCACUACCAAAAGCAAUUUUCUCCUCAUGGUGUUAUCAGUAGACUGCCCACGAUGUCAAUGAAGUGUGCAUCCCCUGUAUAUUGCAUUCACUUCCUGUAUGUUACGGGUGAUGGGGCACUGUAUAAAGAAUGUGGCCAAAGCCAAGGUUUGUAGGCAGCAUUGAUACACUCACUGCUCUGAGCUGCAGCCUUCUGCUCAGGUGCAGUAAAUGCAGUUUAUUGCUCCAAGAGUAGUCUUACCUGGCUUUUAAGGCAACAUGAAGAUGAAAUAUUUUAGCCAAGCUGUGGCACCUGAGGAAGCACCUCUGCUUUAGAUCUACUUCAGUCUGCUUGUAUCUGCUGAUCCCCAUYGGGGUCAGUCAGCAAAGCUCUCCUGACCGUGCUGAACAGCACUUGGCUUCAGGAGAACGUAACAGGUUGGUUUGUCAGAGUUUCUGAGCUAUCAGGGUACUGGCUUUGGAAGCAGUGACAGUAAAUGACGUUUUCAUCAUUUGAGAGCCACUGUGUGUUGCAAUGCAUGUUUUACCUAGGUCAGGAUACCGGUGGUACAAUGCUGAUGGUUCAGGUCCUUAUGCUGGAGUUUGGAGGACAAAUGCCACUUACGCCACUGGAGAUCAAGCACAUCUUACUGCAGCUCAGAGUCCUACAGCAGCGAUCAUCCUCCCGCAGAUCUUGCCAUCCAGACACAUCCCUCCCCUUCGAGUAUCCACAGCAACUGAAUGAAAAGGAGUGUUCUCUGUAAAUGCUGUGCAUAUAUAUUUAUUUAAUAUUAUAUCAUGAUUGUACAUUGGAAGCAGAGUCUGUGGUGUCAACCAGCAGGAAGGCAGGAGCUGCACUGUAGAGGAGCCUCGCUUCAAUCUCGAGCAGCAUGCAAAAGGCAGCGUUUUGUUUGACUCAUCUCUUCCUCUGCCUGGUUCGUUGUCAGCGCCUGGUGCUGGUGCAGAAGAAAGCCGUGACUGCCCCUGGAAUGGCAGCUGUGGCAGGCAGAAGUGGUCUGUGUUUGACAGGGAAAGGGCUGCCCAUGCGGGUAGCAGAGGUGUGUGGGUGAGGUCUCCUGCCGCUGCUGGUGAUUCAUGGGGCAGCUCYGAGUUCGGGGUUCGGUAUCGGCUGGGACAGCCCGUGAGCGGCUCCCGMGGGUGCUCUUGCAGCAGGGCCCUGCCGUGGGCAGCACUGGCUGUGACCGAGCUGCUGUGACCGYGGCUGGCGCCCCUCGGGCUAUCUGGGCCGGCGCUGAGCGUGCCCGGCUGGGCACCCCCACCGCUGGCAGGACCCAGUCCCCGCUGCUUCUGCAACGGCACCUGGCUCACAGCGUUCGACCCCCUCAGAUACAAAGAGACAGCAGGGAGCAGAAACUCAGUAGCUGAACUCACAGACUUUAAAAGUUCCGAUGAAGUGCUGCACAACAGAAUUUUCUGGRUGUUGGUUCUGUUUUGCACUGAGUGGUUCCAAUGGUGGCUCAGGAUAUUUGGGAAAAGCAAGGUUGAAGCAUAAACGGACAUUUGAGAAGGAAAUGUAAAUCGUGCAAGAUCUGGCAAACAGCACAGACAGCUCUGGAAUGAGUGAGUACCCUAUCUAAAUGUGCACUUUUGGGGUUUUUUUAUCUUUUUUUUUUCAUGUUUUCUUCAGUGAGAACAUUCCCCUCAGAGGCAGAAUUGUAAGUCAUGGGACUCUGAUUGCAUCUAUUAAAAUAAAC